CUAUGUAAGAUCUUGUGUACAUAACAAUCUCUGCGGCUCAUAUGUCAUAACACGUUUUAUUGCGCACUUUCUGGGUUGUGUCUCUGAUUGUGAAGAAGAUGAGAUAAGAAAUGAGAUUACGAUAUCAUGAAGUUUUAAGUGGCAUUUCCGCAAUUCCGCAAAUAUCACAUAAAAUAGAACUCAUCUCUUUCAAUCUUGUUCCUUGUUCGGAUUCCUCCAACUUCCUUAAUGGCAAAAGCUAUUCCGAUGUGUAACAAAUCGUGUGGAUAUCGCCAUCACUGCUUCAAACAUUCGCCUUCUUUUUCCAUCCCUAAAUUCAGUUACUGGGCUUCUAGGAAGAAAACUGUUAUCAAAGUAAUUGCAGAGGAUUCCUCUGGUUCAAAUGUAAAGAGAGCAAAUUUAUCAGCCGCGAAAUCGGAGAGAAUUAAGCUGCCUGAUUAUAAUGAUGGCGUUGGAGGUAAGAAAUACCACAUAAGCGAAUUUCUAAGGCAGCCUAGUGGUAUUGCGGCCGUGUUGAACACGAGGGCGUUGCAAACAUUUGAAUCUCUUGAUGCUAACACUUACAGGUGCUCACUACCUAAACUUCAAUUUUUGAACUUUGAAGCUGCUCCAAUGAUGGAUCUGCGCGUCACCCCAACAGAGGAAGAUUGCUUGGUUGAGAUGCUUUCCUGUAAGUUUGAGGGUUCUGAAGUUGUGGAAGAGCAAAACAACCACUUUUCAGCACUUAUGGUAAAUCAUAUGACAUGGGGAGGUGCUGAUGCUGAAUCAUUUUUAGAAGUUGAUGUUAAAUUGAAUCUCACACUUGAGAUUUAUACAAAACCAUUCACCAUGAUGCCUGUAUCAGCUGUGGAGCGUCCAGGAAAUUUUGUGGUUGAGUGCAGAAUGAUGCAAGCUUUGGUGGACAAACUCGUGCCACUGCUACUUCAGCAGAUGCUUCAAGAUUAUGAUGAAUGGGUUCAAAAGCAAUUGGGAAAUAUUACUUAAAAUCUGGAUUCUAGCUUAUAAAUUAUUUGUACUUUGUUUUAUCAUGGUCACAAAAGGUUCAUUUUAUUCAGGCUUGUAAAGAAUGACAACCACAUGCAAUCAAAUACAUGGAAUCUUCUCACGAGAAAUA